CUCUCUCUCUCUCUCUCGCACACACACUCACUCUCUCUCCUUCUCGGAUGAACCGGAGAGAAGGAAAGGGUUGGGACAGGGAGGAAUAGCUGGAGGGAGGGAUGGCUGAAUAACGAGGAGAGAAACACCCACUCUGGACUGACCGAAUUGUAUCCGGAGAGGAGUGAGAGGAAGAAAGAAAAAAAAAGAGUGAGAGGGAGAAGAAGAAAGAGGGGGGAGAAAGAGUAAGAAGAAAGAGGAGCCUUUGGGAGGCAGCAGCAGCAGUAGCAGCAGUCUUUGGUAUUCUGAGGAUUUCCUUUGGGGACAGAAGGACGCAUUGGAUUGAUGACUGGAGAGGUGUAGACUGCUGGUUGAGAGGAUGUUGUCGACAGGAUGGAUCAGGUGGUGUUUGUGGGCUCCUCUGGUGUUACUAGCGUCGGUUUCACAUUUAUCCACUAAUGCACAGGAGCAAGUUCCAGCUCCGAGGAGGCUGCGCUUCAAAGUGCUGAGCUCAGACAAACUCCUCAUUUCAUGGAGGGAGCCCAAAGGAGACUUUGACAGCUAUCUGUUCCUCUACAGCAGUAUCCCAGGUGUUCAGAGGGAGAUCAUUGUACCGAAAUCUGACAGUAAGGUGUUAAUAACAGACUUCAGCCCGGCUAAAGAUUACGCUGUCAGUAUCAUCGCUGUCAGUGGAAACCAACAGAGCAGACCACUUCAGGGCAGAUACAAAGCUGAAAGAGGUGAGGCUAGCGGAGGAGACAAGACCGAGCCCCAUAGGCUGACCGAUUCAGUUGUACCUCCUGAGGAUGCCAAUGAGAUCUCUGGAGCGGAUCAGUUUGUGUGUCGCACCGAAGCCAUUGCCGACAUUGUGAUCCUUGUGGAUGGUUCCUGGAGUAUCGGUAGACUUAACUUCCGACUGGUCCGCAUGUUCCUGGAAAACCUGGUCGAUGCCUUUGACGUUGGCAUCGAUAAGACAAGAAUAGGUCUGGCUCAGUACAGUGGGGAUCCUCGGAUAGAGUGGCAUCUAAAUGCUUUUACCACUAAAGAUGCUGUCAUUGAUGCUGUCAAGAAUUUACCCUACAAAGGAGGAAACACUCUUACAGGCCUUGCACUGACCUACAUCUUGGAGAACUGUUUCAAGCCUGAGUCUGGUUCACGUGUUGGUGUCCCUAAGAUUGGGAUCCUCAUUACUGAUGGAAAGUCUCAGGACGAUGUCAUCCCACCUGCUGAGAGCCUUCGAGAUGCUGGAGUGGAGCUGUUUGCUAUUGGUGUGAAAAAUGCUGAUGAGAACGAGCUGCGCUCCAUUGCCUCGGAGCCGGAUGAGGGUCACGUGUACAAUGUGGCUGAUUUCAAUGUCAUGAGCUCGAUAGUAACUGGACUGACAAGAACAGUGUGUGAACAAGUGGAGCAACAAGACAAGGACAUCAAGCAGAAACAGGUACCAGAGACAAUGGGGCCACCUUAUGACCUUGAGACAUCAGAGGUCAUGGCUCGUAGCUUUCGAGUAUCUUGGAGACAUGCCCCCGGAAACGUUGAAAAAUACAGAGUGGUUUAUUAUCCUUCUAAUGGAGGAGAGCCACAAGAGGCUGUAGUGGACGGCAGUGAAACCUCAACAGUGUUGGAGCAUCUCAGCGCUCUGACUGAAUACCAGUUGGCUGUGUUUGCUGUGUACGCAAACGAGGCAAGUGAAGCUCUAAGAGGAUCUGAAACGACAUUGGCACUUCCCACAGUGACAGGCCUUCAGCUGUUUGAUGUGACUCACAGCACCAUGAAAGCCAGAUGGGAUAGUGUCGACGGAGUAUCUGGAUACAUGCUGCUGUAUGCACCACUUACAGAUGAUGGAGACCUGGAUGAGAAGGAGGUCAAAGUUUCAGAUGCAGUGACUGAACUGGAGCUGGAUGGACUGAUCCCACACACUGAAUAUACAGUGACUGUUUACGCCAUGUUUGGAGAGGAAGCCAGUGACCCCAAUACAAACCAGGAAACUACAUUGCCUCUGAGCCCUCCCAGGAACCUCCAGUUUUCUGACAUCACCCACAACUCUGCACACAUCAGCUGGGACCCAGCCCCUGGAGGAGUUAAAGGCUAUCUGAUCACAUGGGAAAAAACAGAUGGGCUAGUCACCGAGGAGGUGGAGGUGGGUCCGGUGAGCUCCUAUGACCUCAGUGACUUGACGUCUCUGAUGGAGUACUCAGUCGCCAUCUUUGCGCUGUAUGACGAGGGCAAGUCUGAGCCACUCACCGAUGGAUUUACUACAACUCCAGUCCCUGGUCCCCUGAAUCUUCGCUCUAGUGAUAUCACAGCAGACAGUUUCCAGGUCAGCUGGGAUCACUCAGCCAGCGACAUCGUCCUCUACAGACUCUCCUGGGCACCGUUCUCAGGUGGCAACACAAAGGAGGUGGUCCUGAGUGGAAGUGACAACAGAUACAUCCUGACCGGCCUCAGCUCCUCCACCGAGUAUGAAGUGAUGUUGACAGCUGUCUUCAAAGAUGAGUCGGAGAGUGACACUGUCUCUCUGAUAGAGAACACAUUGGCCAGGACAACAACAACUGCUACCACAACCACAGUCGCACGUCAGGCGGUCAGAAACCUUCAGCUGAGUGAUGAGACCACCCAGAGCUUAGAGGCAUCAUGGGAGCUGGAAGACCCCCACGUGGAGAGAUACAGGGUCUCAUACGUUGGCCUCAGGGGUGAUCACAAAGAGGAAACUGUGUUGGUUCCUGGUGGUCAGAGGAGAACUGUGCUGCAGCCUUUACUGUCAGACACUCAGUACAAAGUGACUGUAACACCGGUGUACAGGGACGGACAAGACGGCAUCAGUGUCUCUUCCCUCGGUGCCACAUUGCCUCUCUCGUCUCCUGAUAACCUCCGUGUCUCAGAGGAGUGGUACAACCGCUUCAGGGUCACCUGGGAUCCUCCACAGUCUCCCACUGAGGGUUACAGGAUAGUCUACCAGCCCAUUUACGUUCCAGGGCCAGUUUUGGAGACAACAGUGGCCGACAACAUGAACUCUCUGCUUCUCCCGAACCUCCUGAGUGGGACAGAGUACAGUGUUCAGUUAACGGCGUCGUACCCCACCGGUCAAAGUGAACCACUGCUAGUGAAUGCAAAGACAUUAUUCCUUGGUGUUUCCGGCGUGUCCACCUACCAGGUGCGUCACAACAGCUUAUGUGUCCAGUGGCAACCUCUUCUACAUGCUACAUUAUACAGAAUCUCCAUACAGUCUACACUCAAUGGUCAGCGGCAGGAGGUGAGUCUAGGAGGCGGAGCUUCACGACAGUGCUUCCAUGACCUCACUCCCAGCAGCCAAUACGAGAUCAGCAUUCAGACCCAGAUGCAGGAAGUGGAGGGACCUCCUGUCUCAGUGACUGAUAUGACAUUGCCUGCACCCACUCAAGCUCCGACUGAACCCCCGGCCACAGAACCCGUUCCCACUAUUCCACCUGCUAAAGAAGUGUGCAAAGAGGCAAAGGCUGAUCUGGCCUUCCUGGUCGACGGCUCCUGGUCCAUUGGAGACGACAACUUCAUGAAGAUCACACGUUUCCUCUAUAGCACUAUGGGCUCGCUAGAUUUGAUUGGACCUGAUGGCACCCAGGUGGCCAUUGCUCAGUUCAGCGACGAUGCUCGGACAGAAUUCCAGCUGAGUUCCCAUGGCAACAAAGAAGCACUGCUGGAGGCGAUUCAGAAGAUCAGAUACAAGGGAGGAAACACCAAGACAGGUCGAGCCAUCAAACAUGUAAAGGAGUCCAUUUUCACAGAGAAAGGCGGAGCCAGAAGAGGCAUCCCUAAAGUUCUGGUCGUCCUCACUGAUGGACGUUCACAAGACGAUGUUAACAAAGUGUCCAAGGAGAUGCAGAUGGAGGGUUACAUCAUAUUUGCCAUUGGUUUCGCGGACGCCGACUACGGAGAGCUGGUGAACAUCGCCAGCAAACCCAGCGACAGACAUGUGUUCUUUGUGGACGAUUUGGAUGCAGUAAAGAAAAUAGAAGAACAGCUCAUUACCUUUGUGUGUGAAGCAGCCACUGCCACUUGUCCGUCUGUUUUGAUGAGUGGAAACACCCUGGCAGGUUUCCGUAUGAUGGAGAUGUUUGGCCUGGUAGAAAAGGAAUACAGCACUAUACCAGGAGUUUCUCUGGAGCCGGGUUCAUUCAACAGCUUCCCCUGUUACCGUUUACACCGGGAUGCUCUGGUGUCGCAGCCCACAAAGUAUCUUCACCCUGAAGGUUUACCCUCUGACUACACCAUCUCCAUGAUGCUCCGACUCCUCCCAGAGACACCACAGGAGCCCUUUGCACUAUGGGAAAUCCUCAAUAAAGGCAACGACCCGUUAGUCGGACUCAUCCUUGACAACUCUGGAAAGACACUGACGUUCUUCAACUAUGACUACAAAGGAGAUUUCCAGACAAUCACCUUUGAAGGAACUGAAAUCAAAAGAAUCUUCCAUGGCAGCUUUCACAAGCUUCAUGUAACCGUCAGCAAGACCUCUGUUAAAGUGGUGCUAGAUUGUUCUGUGGUCGGAGAGAAGUCCAUCAAUGCAGCUGGUAACAUCACCACCGACGGCAUGGAGAUCCUGGGUCGGAUGGUCCGGUCCAGAAGCAGACGAGACAACUCUGCUCCGUUCCAGCUCCAGAUGUUUGACAUCAUCUGCAGUACAUCCUGGGCCAACAGAGAUAAGUGCUGUGAACUGCCAGCACUGAGAGUUGAAGAGCAGUGUCCUCCUAUGCCUCAUGCCUGUACCUGCUCUCAGGACAGCAAAGGACCCCCAGGACCCUCAGGACCCCCUGGCGGCCCAGGAAUUAGAGGAGCCAGAGGAGACAGAGGAGAACCAGGAAUAACGGGACCUCAAGGGCCUGUUGGAGAGAUUGGACCUCCUGGACCCGCAGGACCUCCCGGUCCUCAGGGACCCAGUGGACUCUCUAUUCAGGGGCCUCCGGGAGCUGCUGGUGCAAAGGGAGAGAGAGGUGAGAUCGGUCCAGUCGGAUCCAUGGGCGUCCCUGGAAGCCCGGGAUCGCCUGGUAGAGACGGACCCCCAGGAGCGAGGGGUCUUCCAGGUAACGUUGGACCUCAGGGGCGACAGGGACCACCUGGACCCGCUGGAGCCCCUGGAGCACCUGGAGCUCCGGGACCAGGUGGGCCUGCAGGGACCCAAGGAGAUCAAGGACUUCCUGGUCCUGCUGGUGCCAAAGGCGAUAAGGGAGAAAGAGGUGAUAUACAGUCCCAAGCUGCUGUUCGUGCCAUCGCAAGACAAGUGUGUGAACAGCUCAUCCAGAGCCACUUGUCUCGCUAUAACUCCAUCCUGAACCAGAUUCCCGUCCAGUCAGCGGUGUCGGUCCGAACAGUACCCGGACCACCUGGAGAGCCGGGCAGGAGAGGCCCCCCAGGACCUCAAGGAGAGCAAGGUCCACCUGGUAGGCCAGGCUUCCCAGGUACCAACGGCCAGAAUGGACGACCGGGAGAGAGAGGUCCAUCAGGAGAGAAAGGAGACCGAGGGAUGCCUGGGGUCGGAAACCAGGGACCUCGAGGACCACCCGGACCCCCAGGUUUACCAGGUGAAGGACGGACGGGCAGCCAAGGUCCACCGGGUCGGCCUGGUAACUCUGGGACACCAGGGAGGCCGGGGAAUCCAGGUACCACAGGACCUCCUGGCCCUGCAGGAUACUGUGACCAGAACUCCUGUCUGGGAUACAACGUCGGAGUUCAACAGGACUAUGGGAAUGAUUACUGAGGAGAACUCUCCUAGCACUCAACCAUCCUCCUCCUCCUCCUCCUCCUGUGCUCACCUCCCUCCAUCUCUCCCUCUGUAAAUAUGACUGAAAACUGAGGAAAUUGAUAACUUCAAUAAUCCUUCAAGGCAUCCAUAUUUCUUGGGAUGGAUAAUUACUCCUGACCCUGGUGUUUAACCUCUAAUCCCUGCAGCAGCCGUUUUCAAAUUUAGUUUCUCCAAAGACCUUUUUCCAAAUUACUCUUGCAACCUAUGCGCCUUUUUUGUGGGCUAUUGCAUUAAAAGAAAUACCUGGUAGGUUUUAAUGCACCUUAAUGUUACUAUGCAUCCAUUUAAGCUGCAGCAAUUUAAAAAAAAUAAGCAUUUAGAAAGUUUAGAAAGACAAACCCGUGCUCUCAUUUUGUCCUUGUGCAAGUUUUUAUACGCACGUUUUCUGCAUGCUACGCCGUCCCAUUCUGUUUAAUGAACAGAAACUCAAUUAAUUUCCUCUGUCAGUUAAAUUUCUUGGCAGAGUUUGUUAAUCUGGCUUUGCCAUCACGUGAUGUUCUCAGAGACAAAAAAAAAAAAAAAAAGGAUUAGCUUACCUUCCCACAAGACC